AUGAUUUAUUACAAGGACAAUUUGCCAAUCCAGAAAAUAUCGCUUUUUUACAGACAAGUGAUCAUGAUAUAUCAGAUUACCAUAUGCAUAACAUAAGAACUAAUUAUAUAAAUAAACCAAAUAAUUCUCUUAUAAAUACACAAUUUGGUUGUUAUAAUUCAUUAAUGACUAUGAAUUCUGAAACUAGUUCUUUUUUAAAUAGCGUUUACAAAAAUGAUAACAACGUGGAAGAUAAAAGGACAAAAUUUAAAACUAGCAAAGUAUCUAAUAUACAAACAAAUGGCAGUGAAAAAGCUUUGAAAUCUAAAAUAAAAAGAAAUAAUGAUAAUUUUCUUUUUUAUUAUCAAUUUACAGCUAAUGAGCGUAAACUUUUUAAUUGGUAUAAAACCAAUGAAUAUAUUAUGAGAGAAUUUUGUAAACCGAUCAUUAAAAAAAAAAUACCACAAUUUAUGAAAAAACUUAAAAUAUAUCCUUUAUCUAAUGACUUUAAGCACAAAGCAAUUCUUCCUUUAACCAGUCUUUCAAGUUUUUUAGAAACUAUAUGUGGAAUUUAUAUAAAGACGAAGCAAAAAUCAAUGCAUGAUUUUAUAGAAUCAUUGGAUCUAGCAUGUGAUAAAUUUAGCUUGUAUGAUGACAUUUUACAAAAAAUAUUAAUUUUUAAUACACACCUUGACGAUUUUACAAGUGAUUGA